CACGUCUUUCCGACGGCACCGUCACCGACGACGACGCAUUUGAUGGUCUGCAUGACGGAUCAGCACUUGGAUACAGCUGAAUGGCCGUCGGAGAUAUGUACUAGACGAGGGAGUCAGCGUCAACCCUGCUCAAGCUCUGACCACAAGGAGGAGAUAGAGAGGCAAGGCAGGAGUAUCUCGAACGUCCGCGCAACAUCCUUCAUCUUGGCAUUGAGGCUGCGGCCCUGGACACGCUGAACGCAACACGUCUUGGGCGACUGGGCUCACGCGGGCCUCGCCCGUGUACCACAGACCAUGGGCCGCAAGCUCUUUACUGGGUGGGCUUCUGUGCCCGCGCUGAGCAGCGGGUCCAAGCGCCCUGCGCGACGUGUGCAAGCGCGCGUCAUCGUCGUUUGGCAUGUGCCCACCAUCUGGACGGCGCAAACGUGCCCCCGAUUGAACCCCCCUGUAGAUCCGAGCGCGGCGGCUCUGCUCUGCGCUUGCUUACCUUGGAAGGGGGGGGGGAGUGAGAGGCUUGCGGUGAGCGGCGGCGCGGGGUAGUGGUUGUAGUGGCUGCCUGGCUUGCUG